GGAGAGCGGGCGGUGGGUUGCGCUGCGCUGCGCUGCGCUGGGCGGAAUGCGCUCCAUCUCCGCGCUCCGGCUCCCGGGGAAUCCAGCCGCACCGAGCGGGAAGGGCUCCUGCCGCAGCUCCUCCUGCCACAGCUCCUCUUGCAGCCGCUGCUGCAGCAGGUCCUUCUGCAACUCCUCUCGCAGCUCCUCCUGCAGCUCCUCCUGCAACUCCUGCUGCACCCCUUGCUGCAACUCCUGCCGCAGCUCCUCCUGCACCCCCUGUGAGUCCUGGACCAGGACCCCGGCGGCGUUCUGAUCCCUUCGCUUGGCACUCGGUGGAAUUACAGCUGGAGCUCCCUUUUCCAUAGGAUUCCCCCCCCCCUUCUCCCUCCCCCCGCCUCCCACCCCCUUCAUCUCACGGAACUUAACAGACCAAGGAUCUUUUAAACGAAGAGAUAAAUGUGGAGGAAAUAGCAUACUUCCGUUUCUUCAGAAGAAAACAUCUGAAUUAAAUUACCUUUAUCUCCUAAGAAAAUAAUGCCAAUUGUUGUAUAACAUGAAGAAAUACCCACUGCACCAGAAAUUCUGAGAGUAGGAAGAAGCAAAAAACUGGAAGUAGUUAUUUCACAUCAGCCAAAAUGGACCACUACUGGAAUAUUCACUGAGAAUAGUGGGGCUACUCAGUAGUAGCUUACUCUGGAGGAGCUUUUGAGUCAGCAGAGGAACAGCUUCAUGAGUUAAACCAAGUCACCUCUCUCCAGGAAAAUUUUAUGUUGAUUUGGAUUUCUUCCAGGACAAAAUUUCCUCACAUCUUUAAAUAAGGCUGCAGGGCCCUGAAUUCCGGAACACUGUCCCGUGUGGAGACCUCGCCAAUGUUGACCAUGAUCGGCCCAACCUGGACCAUCUUCCUAAUUUGGACUAAGAUAGGACUGUUUCUCUCAGUGGCACCGCAGAGUGGUAUGGCCAAACCCUGUCCUGCAGUGUGUCGCUGCGAUGCAGGUUUCAUUUACUGUAAUGACCGUGAUUUGACAUCCAUUCCUUCGGGAAUCCCAGAAGAUGCUACAACCCUCUAUCUUCAGAACAAUCAAAUAAAUAAUGCCGGGAUCCCUUCGGAUCUGAAAAACUUGCUUAAGGUAGAAAGAAUUUACCUGUAUCACAACAGUUUAGAUGAAUUUCCUACCAACCUCCCUAAGUACGUUAAAGAAUUACAUUUGCAAGAAAAUAACAUAAGGACUAUCACGUAUGAUUCCCUCUCAAAGAUUCCUUACUUGGAAGAACUGCAUUUGGAUGAUAAUUCGGUUUCUGCUGUUAGCAUCGAAGAGGGGGCUUUCCGCGAUAACAACUAUCUCCGUCUACUCUUUCUGUCAAGAAAUCAUCUCAGCACCAUUCCCUCGGGCUUGCCUCGGACUAUAGAGGAGCUCCGCUUGGAUGAUAAUCGAAUAUCGACAAUCUCGACCCAGUCCCUUCAGCACCUCACGAGCCUAAAACGCCUUGUUUUAGAUGGAAAUCUUUUAAACAACCAGGGGCUAAGCGAAAGAGUCUUCAUGAAUCUGGUCAACUUAACAGAAUUAUCCUUGGUCCGGAAUUCCCUCACCGCGGCUCCGGUGAAUUUGCCGGGCACCAACCUGAGGAAGCUUUAUCUCCAAGAAAAUCAUAUCAACCGGGUGCCGCUCCAUGCUUUCUCUUACCUAAGGCAGUUAUACCGGCUAGAUAUGUCUAACAACAACCUAAGCAAUUUACCUCAGGGUAUCUUCGAUGAUUUGGACAACAUAACUCAGCUGUUCCUUCGAAACAACCCGUGGCACUGUGGGUGCAAGAUGAAAUGGGUGCGUGACUGGUUACAGUCCUUACCUGUAAAAGUUAAUGUGCGGGGGCUCAUGUGCCAAGCCCCUGAAAAGGUGCGAGGAAUGGCCAUUAAGGACCUGAACCCAGAACUCUUCGACUGUAAGGACAGUGGGCUCGUCAGCACCAUUCAGAUAACUACUGCGAUACCCAACACGCUGUACCCUGGCAAAGGGCACUUGCCCGUUUCAGUGACCAAGCAACCAGACAAAAAGAUGCCCAUUCAGAACUACCGCACGACGGGAAGUCCCGGUCGGAAAAUUAUUACAAUUACUGUGAAGUCCGUCAGCACCGAGACCAUUCAUAUUUCUUGGAAAGUUGCACUACCCAUGACUGCUUUAAGACUGAGCUGGCUCAAACUGGGCCACAGCCCCGCCUUUGGAUCUAUAACUGAAACAAUAGUAACAGGCGACAGGAACGAAUACUUACUCACAGCCCUCGAGCCAGAGUCACCAUACCGAAUAUGUAUGGUUCCCAUGGAAACCAGUAAUCUCUACCUAUCGGAUGAGACUCCCGUUUGUAUAGAGACCGAAACGACCCCUGUUAAAAUGUACAACCCCACAACCACCCUCAACCGAGAGCAAGAGAAAGAACCGUACAAAAAUUCCAAUCUGCCUCUGGCUGCCAUCAUCGGGGGUGCAGUGGCAUUAGUGGCCAUCGCUCUGCUUGCUUUAGUUUGCUGGUACGUCCACAGAAAUGGGUCCCUGUUUUCAAGGAACUGUGCUUACAGCAAGGGACGGAGAAGAAAAGACGACUAUGCGGAAGCUGGAACGAAGAAGGACAACUCCAUCCUGGAAAUCAGGGAGACUUCAUUUCAGAUGUUACCAAUAAACAGUGAACCCAUAUCCAAGGAGGAGUUUGUAAUACAUACCAUAUUUCCUCCUAAUGGAAUGAAUCUGUAUAAAAACAACCACAGUGAAAGCAGUAGUAACAGAAGCUACAGAGACAGUGGUAUACCAGAUUCAGAUCAUUCACAUUCAUGAUACUGAAGGACUCGAUAGACUGUUUCCGUUUUUUUUAAACCCAAGAAAGGUGACAAUGGAUCCCUGUUCUACUGCAAAACACUGGAUUUAAGACUGAAAAAGCAAUGUACUGUACAUUUGCCAUAUAAUUUAUAUUUAAGAACUUUUUAUUAAAAGUUUCAGAUUUCAGGCUACUGCUGCGAUUCACGUAGCGAGAUGCCUGACCACAAUCCUAUAUUUUAGUAUUUUUUAGUAAUUUGUACUGUAUUUUCCUUGCAAAUAUUGAAGUUACAAACCAUUUACUUUUGUGUUCUACUGAGUAAGAUGACUUGUUGACUGUGAAAGUGAAUUUUCUUGCUGUGUUGAACAAUCAGGACUUUGCGUUCAUUUGAGAUUCUUGUAGUAUAAGCACAGGCCAUUUUUCACUUUGGUAUUAAUAAAAUGUAAAAACUGGCAUAUUAAGAAAAAUACAGUUGCAAAAAUUCACAAAAAAAAGUUUGCUCUAUCAAAUCUGUACACCACAAAGGUACUCAAUAAACGAAAGUGUGAAGUAAUGGGCAAUAUUAACUUUCUAAAUAUCAGUGUUUUCACUCUAGCCUAAUCGGAUGUUCUUCAGCAAAAAAAAAAAAAAACAUACUUCCUAGACAAGCAUGAAACUGUUGAUCCGAAAGCAAAAGUUUAAGUUAAUCAUAGUUCUAAUAAGACUUUAAGUCUAGUCUGUAUCGUCACCGUUACCCCGAACAUAAGUCGUGCUUCCAAGUGACAAAAAAUAAUGUGCAUCUGGGGAGGAAAAUUGAAGAACUACCUUUUGAUAUGAAACAUUUUCUGCAAUGCUUGUUAAUAAACCACAGAUUAGUUUCUGAACACCUUUUGUUAAAAAUCUAAGUACAUUCUAUUAGAAUUCCUUGUCCGCUUUUUACCGUUUGGGACAUCAAAACCAAUAUUCCAAUAAGCUUUGGAAUAAAUGCUACAAUAAGAAAUGUCCCCCGAAAAAUUCAGAAUAAGUAGUACUAAACUGUGUAUUUUUUCAACAUUAGACAUUCGAUAUCAAAUUUGGGUCUGGCAUACAUGAAAAUUGUUUUCACAUGCUAUACACAGGCUCAAUUUUUCUUUCACUAGAGUUAAGAAUACUGCCCAUUAUUACCACAGUUUCCAGAGAUUACAUAAAGAACUUAUCACAUUUCUUUCUAGCUUCCUAUUGAAUUGUGAGCUAUUUCUUGUUAAAAACCAAACCACCCUUUCAUUGCCGUAAUUUUUUUGUUUCUUGUUUUUCUUUUAUUUCAACUAAAAACCAAAGUGCAUUGUACGCCCUUUGGCCAGUCUUGUAUGUGCCUUGAUCCAACGCUACAUGUAUUCAGCUUUUAAAACUUGAUGACAAAUUUUUCAUACAUCCUUAAAUAUGAAAAAUCUUGGUCUUCUUGCUGAAUAAAAUGUAAAAAUAAAUAUGGAACAAUUGUGUCUACUUUU